CAAAAUUUUACCAUUUUCUAUAUCAUUCUGUUGUCGUUCUUCGUCGUCGUCGCGCGUAUAUUUCGUUUGUACGCCCGUUGUCCGUUGAAUUUGUAGUUUUACUCUUUUUUUUGUUGUUUAAUCGGCGUCACCCCUUGGAAAAAAUAACACUUUUUAAGCAAAAAAAAAAAAAAAAAACGAAAAAAUCAUUUACAAAAUAUUAAAAAUUGAAAAAGUUAACACAAAACAAAAAUUAUUCAAAGGAAAAACAUAGCAGAAAAUACAAAGAAAAGUAUUUGAUGAAAAUCCAACCAACAAGGCUUUUUCUCGAUAAAACCAACAAAACCCACAUUGUGAAGCAUCGCAAAAAAAAAUUGUUAAUAACAAGCAAACAAAAAAUUUUGAAGCACAAUCAAAUUUUGUGAAACAAGAUAACAAAAAAAAUCAAUUACCAGGAAAAAGGAAUCUUUUUUGUGUCCCCAUUAACUUGAGUAUUCUUUGAAUAUUCAGGAAAAAUUGAAAACCAAAUUCGAACACAAACAACAACAACAACAAAGUUACAAAAGGUAAAACUCACAAAACUUGCCAACAACAACAGCAACAAUUAGCAGAGCGCAACAAAAAUUGUUCUUUUUUUAUGACAACUUCAUCCAUCAACAACAAAACGAAUAAAAGCAACAAUAUUAUUCAUAAAACGCCGCAUUAUUUCGCAGCAGCAGCACAAAGAAAAUAGAGAGCAAAAGAAAAGAGAGAGAGCGUGCAAGAGACAACUGUGUUGUAAGAGAGCGAGCGCGGAACCAAACAAACAACCAAACGAAAAAAGACAAGGAAAUGUGUUCAAACGUUGGUGACCACCAUUUGUGUAGUGUAUUUUUGGUCACAGAGUUAAUAAAACAGAGAAGCGCCUAAACGUAUACUACACUUUUUUUGGUUCCACUGCAUUUUUACAGCGCCAUUAGGCAAAUGGUUUGCUGAGUGUGAAUUAUCACAAUCAAACAGAGAAGGAAAGAAAGAACUAGCGAAAAUAGAAGUUUUUACAAUUAAAUCAAACAAAUCACAUUCAAGACACCUAGUAAAGGAACGGAACAUAGUAUUAAAACGAAGAUCAUUAUCAAACACAAAAUAUAAAGGAAAACCAAAAACAAAACUAAACCCAUAAAAAUUGACCAUAAGGGACAGACGUACCAACGUCAACUUAACUACAAAAGAAAAAUCCAGCAGCAAUAGGAAGAACCAAUACAACAGGUUUUUUCCUCCCGAAAUAUUUUCUUAAGUAAAGCGCAACAGAAAACGGCUUCAAAAUUGGCAAGCUAAAGGAUAAUCUCAACCCACACAAUUACCCACAACAAUUUCAAAACGUAGCCAUCAAAAUGGCCACAUCUCCAACGCCAUCGUUGGAUUCCAUACGAGGUGGUACAAAUUCCAUUGAGUCCUAUAUUGAACAUAACGGUUAUCUAUCCGAUUCACCACUCACAUUAAGCGGUUCAUCGCCACCAGUUUCUGAUUCGGCAAUUUGUGAUGAUUUUGCCAGUGUUGUGGGUCAAACAGUAGUUGUCGGAGGUCAACAUACCAUAUCGGCAUCGGUGUCUUCGUCGGCAUCCAGCACAUCAUCCGCCUCGUCGUCGGCAUCAUCAGCAUCGUCUACAUCCUCAUUGUCGAGCAGUGGCUUAAGUGGUUGUGGCAGCACCUCAAGUAGUGCUUCGAGUACUGGCUCAAAUUCCGGAGGUGGAGGCGGCGGUGGUAAUGGUCCCGGUGUUAUCGGCAGUGGUAAGGGUAGUCCAUGCCAAACACUUUUGGGUAACAACAAUGUCAUUAAUGUCACCACCGCAAAUGGCACAGGAGCUGCACCCCGUUGCACAGCCUGCAAAAGCAAACAGUCCGAUGCUGUGGCCAAAUGCUUUGAUUGCAUAAGUUUUUUGUGUGGCAACUGUUGCACAGCCCAUGAAUUUAUGCAUUGCUUCAAUGGUCACAAUGUGUGUUUAAUUAAAGGAUUUGAAAGUGGCACCACACCACCAACAACAACACAAACACCCACCAAUAACAAUAACAACCAACAGCAAAUGAGUGGCAGCAGUAAUCCCAUGGAUUUUAAAUUUUCCAGUUCGCUUACCAUGAUGUUGCAGCAGCAGCAACAACAACAGCAGCAACUGCAAAAAGCAAAUUCCCAACAACAACAACCAUUGUCACAAUUAUCAAAAAUUGUCUUAAGCUCAGCAGCAGCCGCAGCAGCUGCCGCCACCGCAGCCUCGUCGUUUAAUAAUCAUGACAUGAAUUCCCCAGAUGCUUCGAUUAUGGGCCAGGACGAUAUCUUUUCCAGUAUGUUACCCUCGCUUAGGAGUCAACAUCAACAGCAGCAGCAGCAGUUGUUACAACAAACCUUGCAAAGCCAGCAAUCCCUGUUGUGUCCACGUCACAAAAACGAGGUGUUGAAAUUUAGCUGCCGCACCUGUUGCACAUUGGUGUGCAAGGAGUGUGUGGUGCUGGAACAUUCAUCGGGCAUGCAUGAAGUUGAACAUGUCCAGGAAAAUGGUCUGGGUUCCAUGAGCAAUUUGAUGGGCGGCAAUGGCGGCGGCCAGCAAUCUACACCCGAAACAGUCUUGCAGACAGUGUUGGGCGAUUUACGUGGCAAAGUGGGUGAAAUUGUAUCCCUAAUUGGCAGCAACAACACUCCCGGUGACAAUCAGAUACUCAAUGGCUCCAAAAUCAAGUUACAAUAUCAAAAAGCCCACAAUGAGGUGAAUGAAACUUAUCAGUUCUUCUGCUCCAUGUUGGAUGAACGUAAACAGGAACUGAUGAAAGAGUUGGAGGGUUUGUACAAUGCCAAAAUGGCCACCCAUUCAGCAUGGAUCCAGCGGUCCAAGGAAUUGAUUGAGAAGACCCUACAAACAUGCGAUGCCAUCGAGAGAUCGCCUAAAGCCCACACCAUUACCGAGGUUUUGAUGUUACGGAAAACUCUGGAGCUACAAUUACAGGCAGCUAUACAGGAACUGCAAAUGCAUUUCGAAUUGGAAUUUAUGUCAAACUAUCAGUCCAUACAGGCUGGUGUUAGGAACACUUUUGGUUAUAUUCGGGCCUCUUCAGGGGAUAUUAUGCAACAACAGACCAAGCAACCACCCAUUGCCCGGCCAUCGCAAAGCACUUCGUCUUCAUCAUCACAUGGUGGUGGUUCAUCGAAUUCCAGUGUAACGGGAGGUUCACAUUUACCCAGUGGUUUGGGUUUGUCGGCCCAACUGUUGGAGACAUCAUAUUCCAGUGCCCUAUUGGGCCGUAAUCACUUGCAAUCCAGCCAUAGUUCAGCAUUUGAAGAUUUGAUGGCAAAGCGAUACAAUUCCAAUGCCUCCAGCAAUGCAGUUUCAGCAUUUGUUGGUGUGCCCGCCAGCAAUCCCUAUGAAAAAUGGAGCAAUGGUGGUUCCGACAAUCUCUUCUCUUCAAAUGGUGCCGAUCCAUUCUCUUCAACCACCCCCACCCAAAUGUUGGGAGGUAAUGCGCUGACAAAUGGCUCCGCCUGCAACACCGUGGCCACCACAAAUGGUUUACCAACCAGUGCUUUAACAGCAUUAAACAUGACAAAUGGCAGCGGUUGCUCCAGUUCCGAUUCGAUCAUGGACUUAACAUCCAAGCUGCUAUCAGCUUCAAUAUAUCCACCCAAGUCACAAAUUAAAAGACAAAAAAUGAUUUACCAUUGCAAAUUUGGAGAGUUUGGUGUUAUGGAGGGCCAGUUUACCGAGCCCAGCGGAGUGGCGGUAAAUGCUCAAAACGACAUUAUUGUGGCCGACACCAACAAUCACCGCAUACAGAUUUUCGACAAGGAGGGUCGUUUCAAAUUCCAAUUUGGAGAGUGUGGCAAACGUGAUUCCCAGCUGUUGUAUCCCAACCGUGUGGCUGUGGUACGCAACUCCGGUGACAUUAUUGUCACUGAACGCUCGCCCACACACCAAAUACAGAUCUACAAUCAAUAUGGACAAUUUGUGCGUAAGUUUGGUGCAAAUAUUCUACAACAUCCCCGGGGCGUUACAGUGGACAACAAAGGUCGAAUUAUUGUCGUGGAAUGCAAAGUGAUGCGCGUAAUUAUUUUCGAUCAAAAUGGCAAUGUACUGCACAAGUUUGGUUGCAGUAAACAUCUAGAAUUCCCCAAUGGCGUGGUGGUAAAUGACAAACAGGAGAUAUUCAUUAGUGACAAUCGUGCCCACUGCGUUAAGGUAUUCAACUAUGAGGGCCAGUAUUUGCGCCAGAUUGGCGGUGAAGGUGUUACCAACUAUCCCAUUGGCGUGGGCAUCAAUACCAAUGGUGAAAUUUUAAUUGCCGACAAUCAUAAUAACUUCAAUUUGACCAUAUUCACCCAGGAUGGACAAUUGGUUUCGGCAUUGGAAUCGAAGGUGAAACAUGCCCAAUGUUUUGAUGUGGCAUUAAUGGACGAUGGCAGUGUUGUGUUGGCCAGUAAAGAUUAUCGUCUCUACAUAUAUCGUUAUGUGCAAGUACCACCAGUUGGUUUGUAAACAAAUCAAAUAAUAAUAUUAAUUAUUAUUAUUAUUAUUAAUAUUCUUGUUUUUAUAUAUCAUAAUAAUUAUUAAUUAGUUAGUUAUGUGUAUGUAUUUUCUAGUUUCUCCUACUCCUCCCCCUUUCUCUACCUUGGCUAUUUAUUUCCAUGCUUGUUUUUAGUCUUGUAACACUCCCCCUACCCCACACACCCACAAAAAGAGAAAAUUCUUUCCAAAAAAUGAAUUUGUUUUUAUUUUUAUAAAUGUAUUUAAUAAGUUAUACACACACACAAGAAUUAGUAGUAGUUUAUUUUUUAUGAAUAUUAUUAUUAUUAUUUGUUUUUAUUAUUAUUAUUAUUUUUUACAAACGUUUUAUAUAUAAACAAUAUAUUUACAUAAACAAAAAAAGAAAAAUAUUAAAGAUAUAUGAUGUUGAUUAAUAUGUGUAAUGCUUAAGACAAAAAAGUUGUAAUUCCUUGAGAUAAUGUUUUGAUGAUGAUGAUGAUGAUAAUUCAAAGGAGCGAUAAUGAAAUGCUUAAAUAUCUAUAAUAUUAUUAUACGUCUUUUAGAUACUACUUAGGUCGUUAACGUAAAACAGUGUAAGAAUCUAUGAAGAUUUAUUACACAACACCACACAUCUUAAGGUUUUUUAUUUUAUUUUGUAAACAAAACAGAAAAAAACAAAAAACCUUUUUGCAACAAAAAUGGACUGAGCUUUGUUUUGAUUAUUUCUAACAAAAAAAAAGAAACAAAAUAACUACAAAAAAAGAAAAAGAAAAGAAAACACACAAAACAAACAAAAAACCCAAACAAACACACACACAAAAGUUAAUCAUGAUGCUUUUUUAUAAUUCUAAAAACUUAAAUUAAGAAGAAGAAGAAUAAUUAAUCUCCCUUAUUUAAUUAAUUAUAUGUGUAGUAGUAAAACUCUCUUACAAAUACAAAAUAUAUAUACAUAGGAACAUAAAUAGGUUAGGAUUUUACGGAGCGUAUUUAUUCAAGGCUCAUUUUUUAUACUCUCAGUCUCUCCUCUCUGGUUAUUUUUUGUCUAAUUUUGUUCUGUUUUUUUUUUUUUUUAGUUAAUUUGUGUCACAUGAUGAAAAAACAAAAGCAAACAUGACUGAGCUCUUUAUAAUGUAAUGUUCUCUCUCUCUCUUAAAGUUGAGAGUAUAAGGAUUACAGAUCCAAGAUAGAUAGGCACAAUUUGGCUUGGUUUGGUCGCCAGGGAAACCUGACUGAACCAGGCCAGGCUAUGUGAGCUAUUUUGUUGGUGGCUUUUAUCCUCAGGCUCUUUAGAAUCGUAGUUUUUUGUUUAGUUUUUCUUUUUUUACAAACCAAAAUGAUUGCUCCCCACAUAACUGAACUCACUCCAUGAUUUAUUAGUUUUUUGUUUUUCAUUUUGAAGAAGAAGAAUGUGAACGAAAUGAUUUUUCUUUUAAACAGGACCAUGAAAUCUCUUUUUUUAGUUAGUUGUAUUUCCAAAAACAAACAGAAUUUAUUGUUUUUUUUUAUAUUUUUGUGUGAAAAGAAGAAGCUCAGUUUUUUUGAAACACUAUUUUUGUUUGACUCGCAUUUCUCUAUGAAUUGUGUUGUUAAGAGUCUCUCUCUAGCUCUCUCUGCCUGAACGAAUGUUUGUUUUAUUUUUCACACAUAAUCAAUCUCAUGCUCUCUCGUCGUUGUCUCUACGCCGCCUGCCCAUUUUUUUGUAUUUUAUGUUUUUAAAUUAUUUAUUUAAAAAAUAUUAUAUAUAUGUAUGUGUUUUUUCUGUUCUCUCUGUUUUUUUAUUGUUGAGGUAUAUACAUAAUUUUAAGUAUUUUUGUUUUUUAUUUUUACUAUUAUUAUUUUUUAAACUAAGUUAGCAUUUCGUUUUUAAAGUAGUAAACAAUGGCCCACAUAAAUUUGUAUGUAAAACAUUUGGUUCAAAUUAAUAGUUUUUUUAUUAUUAUUAAAAUCAUUUUUUGCUUUACAUUUUAGUUUUGAAUUUAUUGCAUUUUGUUACAUUUUUUUUUUAUUUUGGUUGUUUUCAUAUAUAUUAUUAAUUUUUUUUAAUCACACAAAUUGUUUACAUACAAAAAACGCAAAAAAAUUAACGACCAAGAAAUACGAUUUUUUAAAAUAUUUUUUUUUAAUUAACUAUUUUAUAUAUACUCGCAUUGAUUUUCUUUGUUAAUUGUUUAAGUUAGUAGGUAUGGCAUUAAUACAAGCGAAAAAAUAAUCUGAAACGAAUCUUUUUUUGUUUUGAUUUAUUUUUAAUUCAUAUUUUUUAUAUAUGGAGUAUUGUAUUGAAAAAAAAAAUAUUUAUUUUUUUUGUCCUCCUCCUUCUCCCCCUACCAAUUUUUUUUUUGUUUUUCCUCGCCCUCCCUCCUUCCCGUUCCUCCUCCUCCCACCUAAAAAUUUCAAUGAAUUUGUAAAUUUUUUUCAUAGUUUUAAAUGUAUGUUUUUUUGUGUUUUUUAUUUGAUUUGAUUUUUUUAUAUAAGAACUGAACAAUUUUUGUGCGAAGCGAAAUAAUAUAAUGAUUUUGUUAACUUUUUUUUAUUAUUAUUAUUAACUAUUAUAUAAAAAUCGAAGAACCGAAAACGUAAAAA